AUGACGCUAAUUCCGCAUACCUCAACUCCGCUGACGACGGGCUGGACGUUCAAGCAGGGCGACCGCUCCUCUACUAAUGCCUAUCUAUCGGCUUGCGAUGCACCGACUGAAAUCUAUCGCGACCUUCUCAAGAACGGAAGAAUCGCAAACCCUUUUAACGAUCUCAAUGAACUUGCAGUACGCUGGGUUGGCGAUGAAACAUGGACGUAUCGCACCACCUUCGCUGCGCCGUCUGAAUACGCGAGAGCAAAGACGGUCACCAAACUUCGUUUUGGAGGGUUAGAUACCUUUGCCUCAGUGUAUCUGAAUGGAGGCAUGGUCUUGAAGUCCGACAAUAUGUUCAUCGAGCACGAGACCGACGUCUCAGGCAAACUUGAGUUGGAAGAGAACGUAUUAGAAAUAGUCUUCGAGUCAGCGCGCAAAAAGGGUCUCGAGCUAGUGGAAGAGCACAAAGAGCACCGCUUUAUCGUACACCAGACGGAGACCUCACGAGGGCCCGUUCGCAAAGCACAGUACCAUUGGGGAUGGGAUUGGGGUCCCAUCCUCAUGACAUGUGGACCCUGGAAGCCGGUGUCAAUCGAGACGUGGACUUGCCAGCUUUCAAGUCGAGGAGUGCAGUAUGAGCUGUCGCAAAAUCUGAAGUCGGCGAAGGUUAAAGUGAGCGUAGACUGGGAAGGUCAUGUCGAUACUAUAGCCUUCGGGGUCUUCAGAAAGGACAGCUACGAGGUUGUGGCAGAAGAAGACGUGAUCGUCAGCACCAGUAAUCAGUCAGGUCUUGCAGAAGCCGUCAUUGACGUCGAUGGCAUUGAGCUCUGGUGGCCGCGAGGCUAUGGGCAACAGGCCCUGUACACCAUCAGGAUCGAUGCCUUCGCCCAGGAUGCUCCGUCUCCGAUUCACACCAUUAUUCAGCACUUUGGCUUUCGCCGCGCUGAACUGAUCACAGAGCCAGAUCCGCAUGGCACAUCGUUCUACUUCCGUAUCAACGACAUUGAUAUCUUCUGUGGAGGUUCGUGCUGGAUUCCUGCAGACUCACUUCUCACAAGCCUUACCUCCGAUGAUUACCGCGCUUGGGUCAAGCUUACUGCUGAUGGUAACCAGACAAUGCUCAGGGUCUGGGGAGGCGGUAUUUAUGAGGCCGAUGCACUGUAUGAUGCUGCUGAUGAAUUCGGCGUGUUAAUCUGGCAGGAUUUCAUGUUCGCAUGUGCCAACUACCCAACCUACACCGACUACUUGCGAAGCGUGGAAAUUGAAGCGAGGCAAAAUGUCAGACGUUUGGAGAAUCAUCCGAGUAUAGUGCUAUGGGCAGGGAACAAUGAAGAUUACCAAAUUGUGGAGCGAUACGGGCUACAGUAUGACUCUGACGAUAAGAACCCAGACUCCUGGCUCAAGAGCGACUUUCCAGCACGGUACAUCUACGAGCAUCUUCUCCCAAACGUAAUAAAGCAGGAAUGUUCAAACGUACCGUACCAACCCAGUUCACCUUUCGGCAACGGCAAGUCAAAAGUUUUGAAGGUUGAUCCCACGAUCGGUGACGUCCACCAGUGGAAUGUGUGGCACGGCACUAUGGAGCCCUACCAACGACUACCCGAUAUGGGCGGACGAUUUAUAUCUGAAUUCGGAAUGGAGGCCUAUCCUCACGUAUCCACCAUUGAGAAGUACGUCACUAGUGCACAAGAUCGCUCCCCAGGAUCGAUGGCGAUGGACUUCCGCAACAAGGCGAUCGGUCAUGAGCGACGGCUCAUAAGCUACGUCGCCGAGAACUUCCGUAUCAAGUAUGAUUUAGAAAGCUUCACGCAUCUCACCCAGAUUAUGCAAGCAGAUGCAAUGUCAUGGGCUUACAAAUCCUGGCGCCGCCAAUGGAGGUCGACUGGUGACCGCAAGUGUGGAGGUGCAUUGGUAUGGCAAUUAAACGAUUGUUGGCCUACCAUGUCCUGGGCGGUUGUAGAUUACAAUAGCGUCCCUAAACCGGCGUACUACGCGAUCAAGCGUGCAAUGCGCCCUAUCGUCAUUGGCGUGCAGCGCAAGUACCAAAGCUGGACUAUGCGACCGGCUGAUGAACUGUGGCAACGUGACACGGGGCAUAUUGACAUGCGAGAGCUGUGGCAGGACGUCGAACACGAUGUCUGGAUUGCCAAUAGUAACCUAAGAGAGGUUGAAGGUGUUGUUACGAUACGUUACAUCUCCAUCAAGACAGGAGAAGAGAUAGGCACAAAAGCUUCCACGAGAGUACGGAUUGCAGCAAAUGGGACAACCGAUGUCUUAACUAACCACAUCGCCCACAUCCACAGCCCACAACAGUCGGAAACGCCUUUUGAUCCAUCGAAAGCCGACCCUUUUGUCAUUCAUGCGUCAUUGGACAUAAAUAACCAAUGUGUUGCUAGCGAUAUAGCUUGGCCAGAGCCCAUCAAGUAUCUGUCUUUUACCGAUUCAGGCGUGGAGUUGCGCUACUCGGAAGACAAGACGACGGUUUUCGUCUCUGCUUCGAAGCCGGUCAAGGGUUUCACCUUCGACGAGGGGACAUAUGCGGAACUGAGUGACAACGGGUUCGAUUUGGUACCAGGGGAAACGAAACAAGUCGAAGUGGAGAACUUCCCAGCAACUGCGUUGGGAUGGAGGUAUAUUGAGAUGUAA